AUGACAAAUCCUUCAGCACCUUCAACACCAAGAUCUUCACAAACGUCAACAGCAGCUGCCACUGCUAUUAUAUUACAACAUGCUUCACCAUUUAUUACUCCUGCUGUUACCACUACUUCUCCUAUAAUUAAUAAUACCUCAUCUGAUAAUUUUUACCAAUAUUUUAAUCAAAAUGGUAAUUAUAUAUCACAGCAACCAAGCAAUAUUCGUCCAGAUUUCUUUCUUCAACCUUCACCAAAUACCAUUAAUAAUAAUAGUCUAAUGUUUAUCAAGUCUUCAUCUAAUCCUUUGUUGUCGCCCGCUGAAACUUUAUUAGCAACAACUCCAGAAUCAACCGUUACAACGCCUGAACAUUUUUCUACUACUACCACUUCUUCACCUGUCACCUCUUCACCUAUAUUUGAAAAUUUUAAUUUGAUGAAUUUUAUAUUGGAUAAUUCCUUGGGGUUUGGUUUUCAAAAUUGGUUUUUAAAUUUAUUUUUAUUAUUUUAUUAA